AUGGACACGUUACUGCACAAUCUCCCAUUUUAUUCACACGUUAGGCAGACCAGGCCGUUAGAAUCGUUGAAAUUUGGUGGAAAACUGGAUCUAAUCGAACUAAUUAACCGAUUCAGUCCCGAGUUCAAUGACGGUGCUUUAUCAUUGUUCCAUCCGCUUUACUUCAAUGGCCAUCUGCAGACCGUUUGUGCUGCGGUAAAGACGUUUGAGGACGUCGACCAGGUCUACUACAAACGCAUGGUUGUCAACUGCAGCGAUGGGGGUGAGGCUACUGCUGAUUUCAGAGUGAGUCCAUGGGGCUCAGAUCUACCGGAACCAGACUAUGUUCCUCCAAAUCAGACCAAGCAACUCUUGCCACGGUACCGAUACUUUUCACCUGAUGAACUAAAGAAUCUCGGCGCUGCCGAUUCGAAGCCCUUGCUCAUUGUUCUACAUGGACUCACAGGUGGGUCUCAUGAAGCAUAUGUACGUAGUCUGGUAAACAGGAUCACGAGUGAAUACGAAUUCGAGGCAUGUGUCUUAAAUUCUCGUGGUUGUAGUCAAUCAAGUAUCACCACCCCGCAAUUGUACAAUGGUGCGUGGACGGACGAUACCCGUGAUUUCGUUAAAAAGCUACGCGAGCUCUUCCCACACCGCAAGUUUUACCUGGUUGGUUUUUCACUAGGUGCUUCAAUUGCCGCCAAUUACCUGGGUCAAGAAGGCGAAGACUCGCAAAUCGAAUGUGCUGCAAUUUUAGGAAACCCAUGGGAUCUGUGCAAUGCCUCUUACUACAUGAACCGCACCCUUUUAGGACGCCAACUGUACGGAACUCAUUUUUCUCAGAGCUUAGUCAAGAUGGUGAAGGAUAACUUGGACGUGCUGAAGAGAGAUCCAUACAUGGCCAAGCUAUACGCCGAAAAGCUGGAAACUGUCAAGACUGUGGAAGAAUUUGAUAACUGGUUUACCUCACGAAUGUUCGGCUUCAACUCAUCUUAUGAAUACUACCGCUAUGGUACCAGCUCUAAUAGGGUCCCUCAAAUUCGGACUCCAAUGUUAGUCAUAAGCGCAACAGAUGACCCUAUUGUUGGACAGGAGUCGCUACCCAAACGCGAGAUCGAAGGAAAUCCUUUUACACUACUGAUAGAAACCAGCAAAGGCGGACACAUUGCGUGGUUUGACUCCAAGGGCGAGCGUUGGCAUCAAGAUCCACUUUGCAGGUUUUUCAAUGCAUUUCACAAUGAAAUUUGCGCCAAAGGAUUGAAAGCAGAUACUCAUUCUGUGACGCUACCUCAUAGAAACAAAUUCGUCGGCGAUAGACUUGUCAAUGCCACUGUGAGAGACUAUUAA